ACGGGUAAGCAGUAGUAGUAGUCAGGCUAGGGUCGGUCGAUCGGCAAAACUCACAUAUUAGGGUAGGCAAGGAAUCGGAUCAUGGUCAUACACAAUGAGGCUAUCACAAUAAUCAAGGCUUGGUAAUGUCCGGGAAACUCAUGAGAGCGUAUACUUUGUAAGUCUCUCUGUUGCUAAGUUCUAUUUAGGCACCUGUUUAAUUGUGUGCAGGUGUUUUAGAACUCAGGUGACCUGCAACGUGACUGUGGGGAAUUGUAGUUUGUUUCCGCCAUGGUUGUAGGCGGAUGUGGUUUUGCUGCUUUAGCUGGCCUGACAAGUAUGCUUCGUUGGAAAAAAGGUGUGGUGAGCCUCCCAUUUAAGAAACAGGUUACCGAGAUCAAAGUACACCAAAAAUGAAAGUGUAGACUUUGGGACAAAGAGCUGCUAUAUUUUGCAAGUUCUUAUUGCAGAAAAUAAAACCUUUUAAUAAUAAGAAUGUUUUUGUGUGUGACUCUACUGAUUCUCCACAACUUAAUGGAAUCUCAAUCAGAGGAAGUGCUUGGUCCAGAUGCUCCUCUUGUUGCUUCAGCUGGUGAAGACCUCAUUCUGCCCUGUUACAUCAACCCCAGUACCAGUGCUGUUGGCAUGAGAGUAGAAUGGUUUAAACUAGAUAAGGUGAACACAGUAGUGCAUCUCUAUGAAGAUAAUGAAGACAAAAGUGACAGUCAGGCCGAGUCCUACAAAAGAAGAACGUCACUCUUCAAAGAUGAGCUACAGAAAGGCAACGCUUCACUCAAGCUCCAAUCUCUCCGAGUCUCUGACGAAGGAAAAUAUAAGUGUUUCAUUGAGGACAAAUCCUGGUUUGAUGACACCACAGUUUCUGUCAAUGUUAAGGCUCAGGGAAGCCACUUGGUGAUCACAAUGGAGAGUUAUGAUAGCUCAGGAGGAAUUAAUCUAAUGUGCGAGUCCAAAGGCUGGAAUCCUGAACCUAAGGUUAAUUGGUUGGACAGACAGGGAGCCACUCUGCCUGCUGAAGAUACACAGAUACAAAAAGAGACGGAGGGCUUCAAUGUGAAACGCCGCAUCACUGUUCAUGAUUAUAGCGACUCCAACAGAUAUUACUGCAGAUUUGAACAACCUGAUCACAUGAAGGAAGCAGAGGUUAUCAUUAAUGGUAAAGUCUUUGAUACGUGGAAAGUCGCUGUUGCCAUUUCAUUUUUAACAUGUGUUUUUACUGUUGCAUGGAUUGUAAUCGCAGUGAUUUGGUACAAGAAAGUGAUGCAAAGACGGAUGAUGGAAGGCGUGGUAAAAGAGAUCAAGGAGUUUGCAGGUCCACAGACACAGAGAAUGGAAAGUGUGUUAGUGGAAAAGAAGAAGUCUGCAGAGGAUGUGACUCUGGAUCCUGAUACAGCUCAUCCGAACCUCAGAGUGUCUGAGGAUGGAAAACAAGUGACAUGUGCAGACACAGCACAGAAUCUCCCUGAUUCACUACAGAGGUUUGAUGAUUGUAUUCAUCUUGUGGGAAAGCAAAGUUUCUCCUCAAAGAACUUUUACUAUGAGGUGCAGGUCAGUGAGAAAACAGCGUGGAUAUUAGGAGUCAUGAAAGAGGACAGUAACAGAAAGGGAAUAAUUACUCUGACUCCCAAGAAUGGAUUCUGGACUUUGGAACUGAAGAAUAAGAAUGAAUAUAAAGCUAAUGCUGGUACUGGUGACUUUACUGAGGUCCUCCUCACACUGAGAAAGAAGGUGGAGCUAGUGGGGGUGUUUGUGGAUUAUACCAAUGGCCAGGUGUCCUUUUAUGAUGUGAAGUCCAGCUCUCAUAUCUACUCCUUCACUAAUCAGUCUUUCUCUGGGGCAAAGCUCUAUCCAUUCUUCAGUCCCCAGUACAGGGAAGGAGGUAAAAAUUCUGCACCACUGAUUAUCACUGCUGUUACUAAAUGAAUUUUCAUGUUUAACAUGGUUUAACUUUUUAAAAAGCUGACUGUAAUCUUCAAAGGAGUUGUAUUAAAUGUGGUUUAAAACAAAUGUUAUUUUAUAUAAAAAUUAUACUGUAGAAAUAGGCGGCCAGUGUUGUAGUGGUUAGCACUGUCGCCUUGCACCUCCAGGGUCCGGGUUCGAUUCCCGGCCAGGCUCGAUUCCCGGCUCUGUGUGCAUGGAUGUUCUCUCCGUGCAUGGUGGGUUUCCUCCGGACACUACGGUUUCCUCCCAUAGUCCAAAGACAUGUAGGUAAGGUUAAUUGACGUUCCCAAAUUGCCCAUAGUGUGUGAAUGAGUGUGUGAGUUUGUGUAUGUGUGUGUGCCCUGCGAUGGACUGGCACCCUGUCCAGGGUGUACCCUGCCUCGUGCCCCAAGUCUCCUGGGAUAGGCUCCAGGUCUCCACGACCCUGAAUACAGGAUAAAGUGGUAUAGAAGAUGUGAGAAUAUAGAAAUAUAAACUCUGUAAACAGUGUGUGUACAUGUAUAUUAAUAAUAUGAUAAUUAUAUGGUUUCUCCAGUUAAAAUCAGAUUAAAAACAUUACAUAAACAUUACAAACUUAAAAGCCCAGAUAAGGUUUGCUUGAGUUUGUGUGAGUUUUUAACCAUAAAACACAGAAAAGUGACCCAACAAGUGUCAGAACAUACAUGAAUGAAUUUCAGGAACCGUCCUUUCUUUUUCAGUUGAUGUUUAACUCUAAGGUGCUGUUCAGUUUAACCAGCACUAUAAAUCUACACAUAUCAUGAACCGAAACUCCUGUCACAUUAUAUUAAUAAAGGUGAAAUGAGAUGGGGAAAAAAUGCUUUAGCAGUGCUGUAAAUAUAAAAAAAUAUUUUAAUAAAAUUGU